AUGAGUGAUGGUAGAAAGCGACUUAGCGGAGCGGAGUACAAAAAGAAGGCCAAAAUAAAAAAAGAAGAACAAGAGCAAAUCAUACGAAAAACCACAAAAAUUGACAGUUUUUUCAAAAAUGAAAAUUGUAUCGAAAAGUCGGGAACGUCAACAAUGCAAUCUGGAAAGGAUGAAACGGACUUCAAAUCGGCUGCCCAUCUGUCAUCUGUUGAACUAUCGACUAAAGAAAAAGUUGAUGAUUGUGUUCUUGACGGCGAGUGCUCCAAAAUUAAUGAUUGUGUUUUUGACGACGAGUGCUCCAAAAUUGAAGAUGCCUCUCGGACCGAGUCGUUAAACGAUGAUCGAAUGCAAACAACUGAAGAUCAGAACAAGGAUCCAGCUUUAUGGGAAAUUAACGACACUUUAAGGGAAAUUAUUGCAAGAUGCGGCUUCGAUCAAAACAAAUGUUCUGACUUCUCUAAAAGUGAAAGAGUAAAUGCUGAUCAACGUCGUUUCUUGCCAGUGAGUAUCUUCCAAAGAAAAAUGAAAAACAAUGAAGUAAAGGACCGAAAUUGGCUGGUUUACUCCGAAAGUAAGAGAUCUGUAUACUGCGGGCCGUGUUUAGCAUUUGGUCCAUUGGAGAAUAAAACUCAGUUCGAGAACGAAGGAUUUAAUGACUGGAAAAAUGCAGAACUUCGAGUAGCUCAGCAUGAAAACUCAGCGCGUCAUAAAUCCAGUAUUCUUAGUUUGAAAGCUAGAAGUGCGAUUGAUUCUCGAAUCGAUAAUUUACUUCAUUUGCAAAUUGAUGAAGAAAUCACUUAUUGGAGAAACGUUUUGAAAAGGGUUGUUGCUGUAGUGAAGCGGCUGUGUUCAAGAGGUCUCGCUUUUAGAGGAAAAAGUGAAAAGUUCGGUGAUCCACACAACGGGAAUUAUUUUAUGAUCCUGGAACUGUUAGCUGAGUUCGAUCCUUUCUUAGCCAGUCAUAUUGAGCGGUUUGGGAAUCAAGGAUCCGGAAGUACCAGUUACUUGUCGAAACCAGUUUGCGAUGAGUUUAUAAUCUUGAUGGGCCAUAAAGUAUUGAAGCAAAUUGGAGAUGAGAUAAGAAGGGCGAAAUACUUUUCCUUAAUUAUCGAUUCGACACCGGAUAUAGCGCAUGUGGACCAGCUCACCUUCGUGAUCCGAUAUGUUUCAGAAACAGGAGAACCCUGUGAAAGAUUCCUCAAGUUUUUACCCUUAUUGAGUUCGGUAUCGGACUCCAGUGUCUAA